AUGUCGGAGAUCGCAGUUGGGCAGCCGGUCGAGCUCAGCGACGGGCAGAAGGGCGUCGUCCGCUUUGUCGGGCGCACCAACUUCGCCGCCGGCGACUGGGUCGGCGUUGAGCUUGACGAGGAAAAUGGCAAGAAUGAUGGCUCUGUUCAAGGGGAACGCUACUUCGACUGCGCUAUGCGGAAGGGCAUGUUCGUGCGCCCGCUCGCCGUCACUGUCCUUCAAGCCGCUCCGAGAUCUGCGGCGCCCCCUAGGAGGAGGCCCAGCAGCGUCAAUGUGCCAGGCUCCGGGCGGUCUAAUUCGCGGUCUAAUUCCACGAGCGAUCCGUCAAUGAGCAAGCGCAUGAGUUUGAAUACUGCUAGUCCCAGUCCGGGACCUAGGGUUUCCCGGCCGGCAAGCAUGAGUAUACCGAGGUCACCCAACAAGUCACCGGUAAAACAACUCGGUUCAACCGCUGCAUCGAGCGCAUCUAACUCUCGAACGGGCACGCCGGCCAACACUAGGGCCAGAGGAGGAAGACCUUCGUUUAGUGGCACACAGAGGACGUCCAUGGGACCACCAGCUCUGCCUUCAGCAUCUCGGGGAGUUCAAAGAACCACAUCCACAUCGUCGAGUUCUGCGACUAGAAGUGCUGGAGCUUCGAGGCCACUCAGUGGACGCUUGUCCACGACAGGUCGAGGCGGUUUUACUCGCACAGGUGGCAGGGUUAUGUCAGGGGAUUCGUUGUCGGGCAAUGAAGCUGGGUUUGGAUCCAGGAACAGGUCGGAGAUUGCCUCGCCCGUCAAAAGCGACGACGAGCAAGUUACCAGCCCAGUUCGCUCCCGAACCAAUGCCCUGGAGAAGCUCACAUCCGGCGCCAAACCCAACCCAAGUCCCACAACAGUUCGAGCGGGUGCUGCAUCAACUCGGGUUUCUUUAGGCACUACUAGACCGGCAGCUAAUAACGCCCUCGGUAGGGAAAAUGAAGACUUAAAGGCGAAGUUGAAGGUACUCGAACGGAAGAGGCUGGAGGACCGGGAAAGGAUGAAGGAGCUGGAGAAAACACAAGAGCAAAAGGAAAAAUUCGAGCUUAUCAACAAGAAAAUUGAGCAGAAGUUUCAGGACACGAAAGAGGAAAAUCUUAAUCUUCGGAAACAGGUCAAAGAGGCUGAGGAUAGGCUCGAGAGCAUUGAAGCUCUGCAAGCUGAGCAUGACUCUAUAAUGGAACUGGCGACUUUGGACCGAGAGAUGGCCGAGGAAACCGCCGAGGUCUUGAAAGUCGAGCUAGAUGCGCUCAAGGAGAAGACAGAGGAGCUGGAGCUGGAAGUCGAGGUCCUACGUGAAGAGAAUGCCGAGUAUGAAAAGGGUAUGACCGCCGAAGAUCUCGCCAACACGAAUUGGAUCCAGCUGGAGAGGAAUAAUGAGCGGUUGCGCGAGGCGCUUAUCAGGCUCCGAGAUAUAUCGCGAGAACAAGACGAGGACGCGAAGGCCCAGAUCAAGACUUUGCAAAAGGACCUGGAAGCUUUCGACGCAAUCAAGGAGGAGUUCCAAAUAUCCAAGGAGAAGGUGAUUCAGGGAGAGUUGCAGAUUGAGGAUCUGAGGGAACAGCUUAACAAUGCUCUGGGCUCUGAGGAGAUGAUUGAGCAGCUUUCGGAAGAGAAGAUGAACCAUGAGGAGCACAUCAAGGAGCUCAAGGCAGCCAUCGCCGAUCUCGAAGCUCUCAGGGAUAUCAACGAUGAAAUCGAGAUUAACCGUGAUCAAAAUGAGAGGGAGAUGCAGGAUGAAAUCGAUCACAAGGACGGUAUCAUUGCCGAGCUACAUCGAAAGGCUCGGGAGCGGGAGAAGAUCAUCGAGGAUCGAGAGUAUGAUCUGUCCCGGUUCGGAGCGCUCCUCGUGAAUUUGCAGACGGAUCUGGAAGACAUGCGGUCAUCACACGCCGUCAAUGAGGCCGAAUCCGAGCAACUCAACAGCAAGUCCAGAGCCAUGAUGGACUUGAACCUCAAGCUCCAAUUGUCGGCUGCCAAGACCCAGGUCAAGACAAUUGAGUUGGAGCUUCAGAAGAUGGACGCCGCAGAGGCGCAACAGCAUCUCAAGAUCGUCAAGCUUUUCUUGCCAGAGACGUAUGAAACCGACAAGAACUCGGUGCUCGCUUUGCUGCGAUUUGGCCGACUUGCGUUCAAGGCCAACCUUCUCCACGGGUUCAUCAAGGAGCGUGUCGCCAAACAUUCCCAUCCCGGUCACGAGGACGACACAAUUGCCGGAUGCGAUGCUAUGGACAAGCUGACCUGGGUAUCGUCCAUGUGUGACCGGUUCGUCAAUGUCAUCAGCCACUGUUCGUUGGAUGAAUUUGCGAAGUACGAUGGUGCACUGUUUGAGCUGGAGCCAGUGGAGAGAGCGCUCAAUGGCUGGAUAGAUGGGCUGAGACGUGAUGAGCUGAAGGAGAAGCAAUGUGCGGCCGAGCUGUCGCGUACUAUCGCUCUGAUGUCACAUCUUGGAGAAGUCCACAUCUCGGAUGGUUUGGAAAGCUUCGCCGACAACGUCCAGAUGAAGACACUUCUGAUGCAAAGCCACCUCGAAUCGGCGGCGACCACAUUCGGCGUCAUCAAAGACUUGGUUACUCGCGCCGUGCCAGUCAGCGACGAAGACGGCGAGCUGGCAGACCAUUUUUCCAAGAAGUCGGAUGCCGUCAUCAGUCAGACUCGCAGUGCCAAGGUCAUUGUCGGCAAGGCUGUACGGUCGUUGGAGGAGCUGAAGGCGAGAUCUCUGUGUCUCAUGCCUGAGACUGGAGAAGUCUUUGAGCAGUGCGAGGCUGCGUCCCUGGACCUCGCAGACAUGUCCCGCAAGAUCGGCAUUGAUUUACACGCUCUCACGUCUGAAGAAGGCCGUGCCGAAGCGAUCACGUAUUCCGAUGUGCAAAGCACUGUGAGAAAUACGGCUAUGACUUCUUUCUCUUCGAGCGAGACCGACUUAUUCUCCACGUACCUAUCAAAGCUACGUGUACUCACUGGCCAGAUUGCCGAUCUCGCCGCCGUCUGCGCAGAUCUUUCCCAGACACAAGAAUUCGAGCGCAGCGAAGCGCCGUGGAGGCUCCGCGCCGAGGAGCUCAAGGCCAUCAAGGUCGUGCCAGUUGAUGCUGAAGAGGAGCUGCGUCUGCUGAAGGAACACUACAGCGAAGCCCGUCGUGAGAUUGCCGUGCGCGAGGACAGUCUUAGCACGGCUACCCUUCGCAUCGAGACACUCGAGGCCCGUAUGAAGGACGCCAGUGCCAAAGCCUCGCUCAUCACAAGCCUGGAGGCCCAGAUCGCCGAGGCCCAGAGCAUUGUGGCUCAACACAAGGAGGACAUUGACAAGCAGGAUCGCGAGCUGAAGACGCUCGAGACCGACCGCGACAAGUGGAAGAAGCUGGCGGGCGACAAUCAAGCGUUUGGCAAUGCUGCCGGCACCGCCGGUGCCAAGGCGGGACAAGAACGUGCCGUUGCUACAGCUCGCGAGAUGGACGCUCUCAAGAACGACAUUGCGAGCCUGCAAGCCGCCGUGCGGUACCUGAGAGAGGACAACCGCCGGGCGAGAUUGACGGAGCAACACAAGUUCGACUGGCUUGCUGAGCCACUCAAGAAACCGGCCCCCGUCACCGAACAGCGCAAGGCUCUCGUGGUGGCUGAAGGCAAGGACGCACUGGGCGAGCUGCUCAAGAUGGCCAUCUCGGCCAAGGUGUACGACCUAAAGGCUCUGCCCGAAGACAAAAUGGCGUGGCGUCCGGCGAAGAUCACACCUCAGUACCAUGCCGCGAAGCAGGCCGAGGACUUUGCCACAUGGAAGAGUUGGCACAACUCGGUUUUGCAGAAGGCGCAGGUGGUGCUUAAUGCGCAGAGCGGGCGGAGACCUGAGUACCAAAACGAAGAGAUGAGGAAAGCUGCCGCGAAGUUACGUAUCAGACUGCCAGACAUGGACGGCAAGGUCGUCCCCGGGGGCAGCGAUGUGCAGAUUGUAGGAUCGAGGGAAUGGGAGGGGUUGCAGGGACGACUUGCUACGGUAUGA